AUGUAUAUGUAUUCUUAUAAUCAUUCUUUUUUUUGUUUGUUUUUUUCGUAUUAUUUAUUAAUUUUUAAUAAGUAAGUAAGUUGGAAUCAGUCUUAAUACUAAAUUGAUUUUUAACUAACUUUUCUAACAAUGAAUUAAAAGAAUAAAGCAAAAAGUAAGACUACUUAUGGAGAUUUUGCCUAGAUCGCUGCAUAAGUCUAAAUGAGAUAAUCAUCCCAAAUUAAGCAAAUUUAGGAUUCUAAAAUAUAGUAAAGCGUUCAAAGCGAUUCCUUUUCUGGAAAUUUGCAUUAAGACAAAUUUUAUGGGAACAUAGAAAAUUCUAUUUUUGCCUCUUCUUAGAUUAUAAAACAAGGUUAUCUGGAAGAAGGAUUUAGUUUGCUUAAGAAAUUGGAAUAUAUCGUGAUAGUAGCAGAGUAAAAAAGAAAGAAUGCAAAUGAUUGUGGAAAUCAAAUGUCAGAUUAGCAAAUCAAUAUUAGCAAUACCCUACAUACAAUAGAAUCUCAAAACUUACUUGCCAGCAUAAUGAACAAUUUAGCAUUUUACUACCAUUUGAAAUAAAAAACACACGCUUCCUCUCUCUAUGCAUAAAAAGCUGUUGAAUAUGAUCGAGUCUACUAAAAUUUAAUUGAAUAAUACUAAAAUGAGACCAAUUAACAAUUUCUAUCGAGUAGUUCUAAUAAUAAAAUUUAAUAUUUAGAGUCUAUUGUAAGCUAGCUUAACACUGCAUUUAAGCAUCUCCAAAAGCAUUACCAAACUUCCGUUUCCUCAAAAGAAGAAAAUGACAUGGAAGAAAUGAUCACUUAAGAGAAAAACUUAUUGGCUUUGAUUUAAACUAUAAAAUAAAUAAAAAUAAAAAAGAAUCUAUUCAACACUACAAACAGGCUUUUGAUAGCUCAAGUUUUAGAUAAGCAAAAAGAAGAUGAUGAACAGCAAUUAUAAUAAUAAUAAAUUCACCAAUCUAAGGUAUUUAGAGUGUCCUCUGCCUCGAGUUAGAUAGAAAUAGAAGGAUUAACUUUGUAUUUCCUUGGAGUUCUUUAUCAACAAUAAAACAAAAGCUCUUUAUCAUCCUUAUAUUUAAAUUAAGCCUUGACAAUUUUUUAAUCUCUUUAUCUCACAGCACCAACUCUAUAUCAUCCUUUUAUCAUCUCAAUAAAAUCUCUGAUUAACAAAUCUUCCUCUUUAUAAACAGCAAAUUAAGGAGAAUAUGGGAUGAGUUAAAAUGAUUCAGAAAAGAAAUCAAACACACAUGAAAUAUUAAAAUCUGAUGAAAACUUAGAAGACUGUUUUGAUAAUAAUUAAAAUUUAAGUUAAAGCUAUCCUAUUGUUUUUAGUGAUAAGCAACAAAUUGACCAAAAUAUUUUAUAAUAAAACUAGCAGUAAUACAAAGAAAAUCAAUAAAUAAAACUAUUUUAGCAUCUAUAACUUUAAAAUGAAUUCGCAAAUAAACAAAAAAAUAUUCUAUACAAAGAAGAUAUUAACAGGAAAUCCUCUCAAAGAAAUAGUUUAAGCCACGAAAGAAAUGAAAUUAUUCAGAUAAAGAGCUUAUAUUCUUCUGAAAAUGCUAAACAAAAUUUCAACAAUAUCAAUUUAAAAGAAGCAAACAUAAAUUAAACGGAAUGUUAAAUGAAUCCUCUUGCUUCAUCAUCUUAUGCAAUCAGCUAAAGAAGAGGAGAAUUCUACUCACCGAGGGAAGAAGAUAAAUACAAAUCAUUUAAAAAUGCUAUUGCUUCAAAGCUUUUUAAAUCUAACUAGCAAUCACCUGCUUUUACUCCAAGAAAUUCUGUUUAUACAAAUAAUUCGUCUAGAGAAGGCUCUCAAACAUACAGAUUGAGAAUGGGAAGACUGAAAGUCACUUAAGAUGGGUUUUUUUAGAAGUAAAAGAAUUCAUAUUUUCAUCAAAAAAACAUGCUUUCAUCUUCUGAUUAGAAUGAAAGUGGUGAUAAUAAAUAAAAACAAUAACUUGCUUAGUAAUAAUAACAAAUAUAAUAGCAAUAAUAAAUAGAUAUUUAGCAAUCAACUCCAUAGUAGCAAUAAAUUUAUCUUCCUAUUAAUUAACAAAAAAUUUAGUCUAUGAUUAUGAAUCACUCUUCUUAAAAAAAAAUGAAAUAAUUUCUUCAAAAUAAUGGUCUUACUAAUUUUUUGAGCUAACAUCAGCAGGGAUUACAAAAAUAGUAAGUUUUUACGCCUUAAAUUUACUCUAAAACUCCUGGCUAGUCAAAUAAUUUUGGAAAUUUGUUGUUAUCUUCUGCUCAAAAAAGUAGUUAAAAUUCUAAACAUAAAAAUUAAGCUUCAUUACAAUAGCAACCUACCAAUAUUAGUCAAUUUUCUUCAACUUAAUAACAACAACAAUAAUAAUAAUAAUAAACUAGUAAUGCCUUAAACUCUUCAAGAACAUCUCACAAAGAAAGUAAAUAAAACAAUUCUAACUAUCCUGUCAAAUAGUCUUCACUUUUAGAGGAAAUCUACCUCUCUUUCGAUUCUAUUAAUUAUCUUAAAAAUAAAAGCAACAAGAAAAAUGCAUCCUAAAAUUAAUUUUAAUAGAAUAUUUUACAUGCUAAUUAGUAAAUAAAUAGCUCAAAGCAAGCUCAAUAAUAAUUAUAAAUGCAAAAUGGAGUCUUAAAUAAAGAGCAAAAUUAGCAACAAGUUUAACAAAAUAGCAACUAGCAAUUGCAAUAAAAUCUUUAGCAAGUUUAAUAAAAUAAUAUACAACAAUAAAUAUAGUAAUAGUAAGCUGUGAAUAAAAUUUAUUAGAAUCAUUUGUAGAAAUAGUAACAAUAAUAAGAUUAGAAAAAUAAUCAAUAAAAUCAAGAAAAGAUUAGUUCAUCUGAAAAUUAAAUAAAUUACCUUCGUCAAAUCAGUGGAACUGAACCACUUAGCAGAAAAAUAUCUAUUGGUAAUAAUAAUAUAAAUACCAGUAAAUCAAACUAUAUAGGUUAAUAAAUUAAUAGUAAUAUGUUAAGCCAAGUAAACUAAGGUUCAAAUAACUUUCAGAGAAACACAUCUAUCCACAUGAUGACUCCUAAUAAAUCAACGGCUGCUUCUCUUUCGAAUAAUGGCACAUCUGAGAAGAACUCUUUGCAUAAAAAGCUACAAAAUUCAUAAAAUAUAAUUCAAUUUCACCAAAUAUUUUAGCAGUAAUAUAAAUAGUCUAUUUAAUCAGAUUAACAAUAAAUAUAGCCAUUUCAGCAGCAAGAUCACCAAUAAAAUCUUAAUGCAAACAAUUCAAGUGCUAAUUCUUAUACAACUUAAGAUUAAAAUAGUUAGCAGCAACAACAACAGCAACAGUAAUAACAGUUAUCAAGAAUCACAACUCAAGCAAAUACAACUAAUUUCACUACCAAUAACAGCAACCACAUUAAUAAUAACAAUAUUACAAGCACCAAUAACUGGGACAGCACAACUCAAGACUCGCUCUAUUUUUAAAAAAAAAUAAAGGAAAUCAAUAAAAUUGAGAAUCUCUUCCACAGAAAGGAUAGUUUGCCUGAAGGUAACGUGAUUUUGUAAGGCUACUCAUCUAAGAACAAAGAACAGAUUUCAAAGAGAUAUGUAAUUGAUGAUACUGAUAUUACUAGUGCUGCUGGACAAGCUGAUGAAAUUUCUAAACAAAACAUGAUUAAAAGAGAUGCUUAGACAGCGAGGAAAAAAUCUGUAAAACAAAAAAACUCCUUCAAUAAUUAAGAACAAAAUAUUUAUUAAAUAACACUGAAAAAUAUUUGCAAUUUCCCUAUCAAAGUGAACCACUCAAUUGGUAAAAUAAAGAAUACAAAUACAAAUCCACUAAAUACAAGAAGAUCAUCAAUCAACAGCUAACUUAAUGAAAACAACAAUAAAUUAAGCUAAAUCGAAUAAGACAAACUAAAGGAUAUUUUUAUUUGCUAAUCUCCAGUUUCAUCAAACAAAAAAUCUCAACAAUAAAAAGUAGCAAGCAAUAUUAACCAAAACUAUGUAACAAAAUCACAUAACCCAUAGUAACAGCCAUUAAAAAACUAAUUUUAAGAUAUCGAUUUGAAUAUUUUUCAUUAGUUCAUCUCUAACAACACUUAAUAAUUCUAAAUUUCUUUGGCCAAACGAAUAAAUAGCAAACUAAAAUUCUUAAAAGACAGAAUACAAACAUAAGAAGAAGAAAACAAUACCAUUAAAUAAGCAUUGAAAAUGAGUGAAGAAUUAGAAUUUUAAUUAUUUAGAAAAAGUAAAAAUUAAAUAUCAACUUUUUCUAAUGAAUCAAAUGAUAUUCAAUUAAACGCUACUGCUAUAGCUUUGGCUUCUUCAAGAUCAAACUCUCUAACGUCUAUUUCAUCUUCUUCAUUUUCGAUUUCAAACAACAAUUGA